GUUAUUCCCAAGAAAAGAGCUUGAACAAUUCUGAAUUUUCAUCAAAUUCAACUAAGCGAGAGGAACACUUGGCAAAAAUAUUUGAUGAAAUUUUACUGCAAGUGCUUUCCAAAGUUCCGUAUUACGAUUCACCGUUUGAUGAAACAAGAACAGCAGUCAAAUCAAUCACAAAGAGAGACGUGAGAGAAAGCAAGACCCAGUGUUACCUGGAAUUCACCUGGACCAGAAUAUUACCAUGGCAGUGAGGACAAGAUUCCUGCGAAUGGAAACAAUCCAACAAAUGGUCAAAAUCGCAGCCCAUCACACAUGACAAACAUCCUUCAAACUGUCCAAAGAACCUUAGAUCACAUUUCAGAGGAGAAGAGGGACAGAGAAUCCUUUCUAUUCAACAGGGAUUUAAGUGAGCAAUUAACUACUGUAAAUCAAGAAACACUUCAAGGAGCAGCUACAAUGGAUGUUCGCGAUGGGAAUAUGCCCUGCGGGCAGCUUCUGCACUUCCUGCAGAGGAACAUCAUCAUCGCUGCUUUCUCGGUGUCAGCCAUCCUCGCGGCCAUCGUGCUGUUGCUGCUGGGGUUGACCAAACGCAUCAGGAGGAAACAGCCAUUAUCUUCUCCGGCACCCAUGACAUAUAAUAUUUUUAUAAUGAAUGGAAAGACUUGGUGGCAAAAAUCUGAAGAAAAGAAAUCUCUCAGAAAAUUUGUGAGACCACAGAAACAGCUGAAGCACAAAUCCCCUGUCUAAGCUGGGUGGCGGGGCCAGCCAAAGCAGGACUUGAAGCUACUGUGAUGUGGGGACAUUCUCCAUCCAAACACCACGGACAGGACAUUGCAUUUCUGGCUGCGAGGUGUAUUCUGUGAAAACGUUUACCUCCCUGUCCCCAUCUUGAACGGGCAAGACCAAGCGCUUUAACCACAGGAUGCUUAGGGGGACAGGACAUUGAUGGCCAGAGCAGGAGACUCAGCACAUUCACCCAAGGACAAGCCUGACAAGCUAUGGAUUUACUCAUUUAAUAAAGUAUCGAUGCACUGAACACCUCAUAUGUAGACAAUGCAAAAAUGCAAUGAGGGAGCCACAGACCAAUCAGGCACGGAUUCUGCCCUGAGCAAGAUCGCAGUCUAGGGUGGGAUGAGAACGUUGCCGUACUAAAUAUCUUUCCCGGGAGGUGGAAUAUGGCACUAUUGUACAAGGAGACUGGGGAGGGCAGUGUUCGCUUUCAACCUUCAGAGACGCCUGAGUUGUGCUCGGCAGAGUGCAAUACUCGAGAACUGCCAUUGGAGGGCGCAGGGAGCCCCGUUGCUGCACUUGGACUUGCCGUCAGUCGCUUGCACGCUGCGGAGACCGGGAAAAUCGAAAGAUGAUGAUGAUGAUGAUGAAGGCAACAAUGGAGCAUUUGCUUUCAGGCCUAUUUUAGUUUUCACAAGAGCGCUAUAAGCACUUUGUGACUUUGAUGUGAGCUUCAAGCGCAGCCCCCUUUCCUGUCUUCACGUCAAGGAAAUAGGUUGCGUUUCAGAGAAACCCGCUGGCAAGAGCACGCCCGACACCAGGCCUUCCGGCCGGGUCCCUGCCCUGCUCGGGCCCGGCGGCUGCCACUGGGCCAUCCAGGGCCAGCGCUCUGUUGGUGUCGGGGACCAGACACCCCGCAGGUGGCCUAUCUGCCCAGACAUCAUUGACACACCCCCAGGGUUUGGCGAGGUGCAGGGGCGCGCAACCCGCGCGGGGCAGCGGCGGCGAUGCCGGACCCCGCGGCGCACCUGCCCUUCUUCUACGGCAGCAUCUCGCGCGCGGAGGCCGAGGAUCACCUGAAGCUGGCGGGCAUGGCCGACGGGCUCUUCCUGCUGCGCCAGUGCCUGCGCUCGCUGGGCGGCUACGUGCUGUCGCUGGUGCACGACGUGCGCUUCCACCACUUUCCCAUCGAGCGCCAGCUCAACGGCACUUACGCCAUCGCUGGCGGUAAAGCGCACUGUGGCCCCGCCGAGCUCUGCGAGUUCUACUCGCGCGACCCCGACGGGCUGCCCUGCAACCUGCGCAAGCCGUGCAACCGGCCGUCCGGCCUGGAGCCGCAGCCAGGGGUCUUCGACAGCCUGCGCGACGCCAUGGUGCGCGACUACGUGCGCCAGACGUGGAAGCUGGAGGGCGAGGCGCUGGAACAGGCCAUCAUCAGCCAGGCGCCCCAGGUGGAAAAGCUCAUUGCUACAACGGCCCACGAGCGGAUGCCCUGGUACCACAGCAGCCUGACGCGCGAGGAGGCCGAGCGCAAGCUGUACUCGGGGGCGCAGACGGACGGCAAGUUCCUGCUGAGGCCCCGGAAGGAGCAGGGCACGUAUGCCCUGUCCCUGGUCUACGGGAAGACUGUGUACCACUACCUCAUCAGCCAGGACAAGGCGGGCAAGUACUGCAUUCCUGAGGGGACCAAGUUUGACACGCUCUGGCAGCUGGUGGAGUAUCUGAAGCUGAAGGCCGACGGGCUCAUCUACUGCCUGAAGGAGGUGUGUCCCAACUCCAGCGCCACCUCAGAGGCCGCUGCUCCCACGCUCCCAGCCCACCCCUCCACCUUCACCCAGCCUCAGAGACGGGUUGACACCCUCAACUCAGAUGGAUACACCCCGGAACCAGCCCGCCUAGCGUCCCCAGGCAAACAGCGGCCAAUGCCCAUGGACACAAGCGUGUACGAGAGCCCCUACAGCGACCCCGAGGAGCUCAAGGACAAGAAGCUCUUCCUGAAGCGCGAGAACCUCCUCAUAGCCGACAUAGAACUUGGCUGUGGCAACUUCGGCUCAGUGCGCCAGGGCGUCUACCGCAUGCGCAAGAAGCAGAUCGACGUGGCCAUCAAGGUGCUGAAGCAGGGCACGGAGAAGACGGACAAGGAUGAGAUGAUGCGCGAGGCUCAGAUCAUGCACCAGCUGGACAACCCCUACAUCGUGCGGCUCAUCGGCGUCUGCCAGGCCGAGGCCCUCAUGCUGGUCAUGGAGAUGGCGGGCAGCGGGCCCCUGCACAAGUUCCUGCUGGGAAAGAGGGAGGAGAUCCCCGUCAGCAACGUGGCCGAGCUGCUGCACCAGGUGUCCAUGGGGAUGAAGUACCUGGAGGAGAAGAACUUCGUGCACCGCGACCUGGCUGCCCGCAACGUCCUGCUGGUCAACCGGCACUACGCCAAGAUCAGCGACUUCGGCCUCUCCAAGGCGCUGGGUGCCGACGACAGCUACUACACCGCCCGCUCAGCGGGGAAGUGGCCGCUGAAGUGGUACGCGCCUGAGUGCAUCAACUUCCGCAAGUUCUCCAGCCGCAGUGACGUCUGGAGCUACGGGGUCACCAUGUGGGAGGCCUUGUCCUAUGGCCAGAAGCCCUACAAGAAGAUGAAGGGCCCGGAGGUCUUGGCCUUCAUCCAGCAAGGCAAUCGGAUGGAGUGCCCCCCGGAGUGUCCGCCCGAACUGUACAAGCUCAUGAGCGACUGCUGGACCUACGAGUGGGAGGAUCGCCCAGACUUCCAGACGGUGGAGCAGCGCAUGCGGGCCUGCUACUACAGCUUGGCCAGCAAGGCCGAGGCGCCCCAGCCGUGUGCACAGGGCGCGGAGGCUGUCUGCGCCUGAGCUGCGGCCGCCCAGGGCCUGUGGACCCCACACCGGCUUUUCAUCCUCUGCCCUCUGCCUGUCCCAGGCCCCGAGUCUGGCAGGGGUCAGCUCAGUGCCUCUCCUCCUACCAGCAGGGCUGUGGUGGGGGGCGUCUGAGGCUGCAUUCCCUGCCUGUCCCCUGUCCUGUCUGGCUGGGGGACAGUGAAAGGGCCGGGAGGACAGGGCUGUGCAGCCUGCAGCCGGGUCCUGGGCUGGUUUCGCACUGGGGCCUGGAGCUGGGAGGAUGUUGCCUGCCAGCUCCCUCCUUCCUCUGGGCCCCGAAGGGGGACGACCCUGGGGAUUCUCAGAUGGCAAGACGUACAUCCUUGGAAUAAACUCAGCUUCCCUCGUGUU